AGUAUUUUAACAUUAGAACUCUGAGUGUGUAUAUGUACACAGGAUGAAACUAAAAUUAUUAGAUCAGCUACUUUCAAAAACAGCAGUGAAUGAAGAGCUUGAGAAGCUCAACAGCUUGAAGGCAUCAGUUGACGGCACCCCGCAUGUAUACUGGCAGCGCUGGUUGAUGCUGUUGCUCUUCUGCCUCUAUUCAUUUAGCAACGCCUUCCAGUGGAUCCACCUCAACAUCAUCGCUAACGUGGUGGUGGAGUUCUAUAAUGAAAGCUUAUCAGCCAAUGAAUAUCAGCGCAACUCGGCCAUUGAUUGGCUGUCAAUUGUCUACAUGCUGAUUUACAUCAUCCUCAUUAUUCCCGCUACUUGGUUCCUAGACAAGAAAGGCUUAAGACUCUCCUGCAUAUUUGGAUCUUUUCUCAACGCCUUGGGUGCUUGGCUAAAAUGUGCCAGUGUGUCGCCAGACAGAUUUUGGUUGGUGAUGACUGCACAAACGAUAUGUGCCAUCUCACAGUUAUGGGUGCUGGGAAUACCUGCACGUUUCGCAGCCGUCUGGUUUGGUCCAAACGAAGUCUCUACUGCCACCUCUUUGGGGGUUUUCGGAAAUCAGAUUGGGAUUGCUGUAGGGUUUUUGAUUCCUCCAAUGCUUGUCCACACCUCUAAAGACAGAGACACAAUGGAAACAGAUUUUUAUAUCAUGUUCUACAUCAACGCUGCGUUCGCAAGUUUUGUAUUCGUUCUUAUAUUACUUUUUUUACGUGACAAGCCUCCCCUCCCACCCAGCAGAGCCCAACAGAUGGCAGUAGACGUAGCUGCACAUGAGGAAUAUUUCAAAUCUUUGUUUAGAAUGUUAAAAAAUAAAGGAUUUGUAUAUCUCGCCAUAGCCUAUGGUAUCAUCACAGGAUCAUUUUAUACGAUUUCAACUCUCUUAAACGCCAUUAUGUUGCAUUAUUUUAAGAAUGAAGAAGAAAAUACAGGGAGAAUCGGUAUGACCAUAAUACUGACGGGAGUGCUAGGAGCUAUUAUUGCUGGAAUUUGGCUAGACAAAACUAAAACUUUUAAGGCUACAACUAUAGGAAUAUACAUUUUUUCUUUGGCUGGUGCAGUUGCAUUUACUUUUACUCUAGACCAAGAGGCUGUUUGGAUAGUUUUUAUAACUGCUGGAACAUUGGGAUUUUUUAUGACAGGCUAUUUACCAGUAGGAUUUGAGUUUGCAGCAGAGUUAACGUUCCCUGAAUCAGAAGGGACAUCAUCUGGUUUGCUGAAUGCAUCAGCACAGGUUUUUGCUAUCAUCCUAACACUCGGAAUGCGAGCCAUGUUUGAAUCUAUAAAUGUGUUCAGUGCUAAUAUUACAAUGUGUGCUCUUUUACUUAUUGGGACUUUCUUAACCGCUGUGAUUAAACCAGACUACAGAAGGCAGAAUGCAGGGAAUGGAGAAUGGGCACAAAGAACAGAUUAAAUCGUAUCAUUAAAUAGAUGUAAUUUGAUCAUUUUAAAGUUUUUCUACAUAACUAAAAUUUCACUUUACUAUCAUAUAGUGAGUUGUUAUAAAAAUAAAAUAUAGGAUGAUACUUUUUUAAUAAAUUCAGAUGUAUCUAUAAGUCGUAAUUUAUUGUAAAAAUCAAUUUCAAAAAAAGCAUAAAAUGUAU